AUGGUUUCCUCUAUCAAGGCCGUACUUCUGGGUGCUGCACUCGCCACAGCAGCCCCCCUCGCCGACCACACCACCCACGAGACCACCGAGGUAUGCAUGCCCAUCUCAUCCGUCUUCCCCGACGGCCGGGUCCCGGUCAAUAUGGCCGCGGUUGAAGACCCAGCCCAUGAGCUCGCGCUUUGCAAAUUCAACUACUGCGCGCCGGUCAUGACGGCGGACUGCCACACCCUGGCGCCCGCGGAUUGCAACCUCGCCGAGCUGGUCAACCCAGUCAUCGCCAACAUCAUGCUGCCCGCCGCCGAGCACAACACAACCAUCGUACCCCUCUGCGAGCGCGGCGAUAUCACCUUCCCACCAGACCACUCGCACCCUCUGGACCCAAAGCUCGGCGAGCAGCCGGACAAGACGGAGCCCGCCGCCCUGGAGCCCAGGGACAAGUCCGAGUGCCCGGCGAAGUGCGCGCCGUGGGCCGUGCUGCCGCCGUUCGGCCUCUGGUUCGCAACUUGCAUUGCUGAUUGCCACCUCCGGUGCAUUCGUGGACUGUCGUGUCCAUAA